CGGUGGGUCCUGUUUUCGAUCCGGAUGUAUUUCAGUGUAACAGCAGUAUUAGCUGUUAGGCUAACGGGACAGGCUCGGGUGGCUGUGUUUGAAGCUCCAGUGAAACAGGAUUUAAUCAGCGCUGGGUUUAAACUUAUUACCCUGGAGAGAUGAAACCAGCAGUGGACGAGAUGUUUCCUGAAGGAGCGGGACCGUAUGUGGACCUGGAUGAGGCAGGGGGAAGCACUGGACUGUUGAUGGACUUGGCUGCCAAUGAGAAAGCAGUGCAUUCAGACUUCUUCAAUGAUUUUGAAGAUCUCUUUGAUGACGACGAUAUUCAAUGAUGAUGAACUGUGGGAUGAAGGCUGUGAUUGUGUAAAAUAGUUGUCAAUUGUAAUUUAAAUGUUUCACUGUUACUACAUGAAGUCCAGUUUAUGAUGUCUGCUUAGGUUUUGGCUUGUCAAUAAAAAACUUUUGUGAAGAAAAA